AUGGCACCCUCAGCAGACACCUCUUUUGCUGCGCAUGCAGCAGAUCAGUUUACCGCCUAUAAGGACGAUCGCGAGACUAAAUCUCAGGAUGUCUUGUACUCUACCAGCAAUGGGGUCCCGAUGCCCCAUCCUUACGAGACACAACGAGCAGGCGAGAAUGGUCCUCUGUUGCUCCAAGACUUCCAUCUGAUUGACCUUCUAUCACACUUUGACCGCGAGCGCAUUCCCGAGCGCGUGGUCCAUGCCAAAGGGAGUGGCGCGCAUGGAUUCUUUGAGUGCACCAACCCGAUCCCCGAUCUUACACAGGCCGACGUCUUCUCUGAGAAGGGAAAGAAGUGCUCGGUAACAGCCCGGUUCUCGACUGUCGGUGGUGAAUCGGGGUCGCAUGAUUGCGCCCGUGACCCUCGUGGCUUUUCAGUCAAGUUCAGAACCGAGGAUGGCAAUUGGGACAUGGUCGCAAACAACACCCCCGUCUUCUUCUUGCGCGAUCCAGCCAAGUUCCCUCACUUCAUCCACACGCAGAAGAGAGAUCCCGCAACACACCUGACGCACGCCGACGACUCAACUAUGUUUUGGGACUACCUGUGUAACAAUCCAGAGUCAAUACACCAGGUCAUGAUUCUCAUGGGCGAUCGCGGCAUUCCGGACGGUUACCGGUUCAUGCAUGGCUAUUCCGGCCACUCGCUGAAACUGGUCAACAAGUCAGGGGACUGGGUGUAUGCCCAGGUUCACUUCAAGUCCCAACAGGGAACCAAGUUCAUCACCCAGGAGGAUUCAGCGAGCAAGUCCCCAGACUACUCGCAGAAGGACCUUUACGAGGCCAUCGAGCGCGGUGAUUAUCCGAAGUGGGAUGUCUCCAUCCAGACCAUGACACCAAAGCAGGCCGAAGAGGUGUGGGAGACACAGAGAAUCAAUGUCUUUGACUUGACUCACGUCUGGCCCCAAGGCCAGUUCCCGUUGAGGAAGAUCGGCGAGUUCACUCUCAACGAGAACGCUGCCAACUACUUCGCGGAGAUCGAGCAGGUGGCAUUCAACCCUUCGCACAUGCCCCCUGGCAUUGAACCCUCGGCCGACCCGGUAUUGCAGUCACGACUGUUCUCCUACCCUGACACACACCGCCACCGUAUUGGUGUCAACUAUCAACAACUGCCUGUCAAUGCCCCCCGCUCCGGGUUCAAGAUGGGCAAUUUCCAGCGCGAUGGGCAAAUGGCGUUCUACAAUCAGGGAUCGAGGCCAAACUACUUGAGUUCCAUCGAGCCCAUUUCGUUUAGACCUCGAACAGUCAACCUGGACAAGGCGCAUGGUCACUUCUCCGGCCAGGCCAUUGCCUUCAUGUCCGAGAUUCGGUCCGAAGACUUCAAUGCUCCCCGAGCGCUCUGGAAGAAGGUGUUCGACGAGCCUGCCCGCGAGCGGUUCAUCAAUAAUGUCGCAGGGAAGAUGGCUAUGUGCAAGAAAGAAGAGCUUCUCAAGCGGCAGAUUGCUAUCUUCCGCGAGGUGGAUGGUGAUAUUGCCACGAGACUGGAGAAGGCAACAGGCAUCAAGGGCUACGAUGGCAUUGCAAACAUGCGCUUCAAUGGGACGCACAAUGGCAUGGCCACAGACCCCAAGUUGAAGCAUGCCAACGGAAUGAACGCCAGCUGCGGGGACAGUAUUCCUGGCAGCAACGGCGCGCCUAAGUCUGGCACCCAUUUGGCUACGAACGGAACCAACGGGAUCAACGGUCAUUAG